AUGGCCUCCAGCGCUCCCAUCGUGGCCACGGCAACAGCAUCUUCUUCAAGCUCUGCAUCUGGAAUUUUGACGACUCCGCUGUCGACCGCCGCGUCUUCGCCGCCGCUGGCCACGACGCCAUUGCCAGCAUCCAUCCAAGCCGAUUUCAAGAUCCCCAAAGGAGCGUCUCCAGAGACAGCGAACGCGGUGUUGCCCUCGCCUCCGUUCUCCACAUCCAUAUCGUCACUGUCGUCGGAGUUUCUGGCUGGCCUCUACACCGAAAAUGUGGCCGCCAAGAUCUGGCGUGUCGCCGAGUCGUAUCUCGCGGCUGAGCCGACCCUCUCCACCUACCCCGAAUACAUUCCUUCCUCGGGCGAGAACACUGGUCACUACCAGCCGAAACCGGCCGCAUUUUGGACGUGUGGGUUCUUUCCGGCAAGUCUGUAUUGCAUCCUCGAACGAGUCAUAAAGUACGGCGUCCCCGGCGGCUCCACCAACAACAUACCCACCGACCAGUUUGUGUCCCAGCUCCUGGCCCUCGGCCGCCGUUGGACCGCCCCGCUGCACGCCCAGACCACCCGUACCAACACCCACGACCUCGGCUUCAUUGUGCGUGCCCUGCGGAUGGACUGGGAGCUGACGGGCGACCCGGCCAGUCUGCGCGGCUACGCGACCGCCGCAGCCAGCCUGGCCACCCGCUACAGCCCCCUCGUCGGGGCCAUCCGCAGCUGGGACCGCGCCGUCUCCAAGCGGUAUGAGAUUGCCGAUCCAGACCGCAACUUUUUGGUCAUUGUCGACAGCAUGUGCAACAUGGACCUGCUGUUCUAUGCGGCCCGGCACGCCAACAACCCGCAGCUCGCGGCCCUGGCCACACAGCACGCGCGCACCGUGCUGUGGACGCUCGUGCGGCCGGAGGACGGCUCGACGUGGCACGUGGCCAACCUGGACCCGGCGCUGGCGGGCGGCGUCGUGCAGUACCGGAUGACGCACCAGGGGUACGCGGACGGGUCGACGUGGUCGCGGGGCCAGGCGUGGGCGGUGCUGGGGUUCGCGCAGACGUACGGGUGGACGGCGCUGCCCGAGUUUUUGGCGGCGACGCGGCGCGUGGCGGAUUGUUUUCUGCAGCGGCUGGACGCGUCGCCGGCGGCGUCGCACACAUAUGUGCCGCUGUGGGACUUUGACGCGCCCGUGGCCGACGCGGACCAGCAGGACAGCAACGGCCAGCCGCUGCGGGACACAUCGGCCGGCAUGAUUGCCGCCAACGGGCUGCUGCUGCUGCACCAGGCGCUGGAGCGGGACGGUGCUGAGCGCGAAAGGAAGGAUGCCAAGGGAGCCCAUCGUGAGUAUGACGGCCGGUACCUCGUGGCGGCGUUGCGGAUCGCGCACGACACGCUGGGCUACUCGCUGGACCGCGAGGAUGUGGCUGCAUUCACGGUCGACAGCGCCACGGGUACCAUCUAUGUCCCAGCCGGCUCGUGGGACGCCAUCUUGCGCCACUCGACCGCCAACAACAACCGAUAUGCCUUGGUGCGGUACGCUGAUACGGGUCUGGUGUAUGCCGACUACUACUUCCUCGAGUUUGGCAAUCAACUGCUGCGGAUGGGACUCCAGGUCGCGCCUAGGUAG